AUGAUGCUGCGGCAAGCGAUCUACGGCGCGCUCAAAGCCUCGUUCUACUGGCUCGGCUUGUUCGUGAGCCGGCACCCGGUGUUCUUCCUGACCGUGCCCGCCGUCCUGACGGCGCUCCUGGGCGGCGCGGCGCUGCGCGGAUUCGCGCCCGAGGCUGACCUGGAGCGGCUGCUCGCGCCCGCGCACAGCCUCGCCAAGGUCGAGCGGCGCCUCGCCGACAGCCUGUUCCCGGUGGAGCGCUCGAAGCACCGCCUGUACUCGGACCUGCACACGCCGGGCCGCUACGGCCGCCUCAUCCUGCUCGCCAAGCGCGGCGCCAACGUGCUCGAGCUGGCCGAGCAGGUGCUGCGCGUGCACCGGCGCGUGCUGGAGCUGCGCGUCGCGCACCGCGGCUUCAACUACACGUUCGCGCACCUCUGCGUGCUCGACGGCCAGCGCGAGCCGCGCCGCUGCGUCCUCGAUGAUAUCAUCGCGAUCUUCGAGGACAUCCGCGAGGCCGUCCUCAACAACAACACGUUCUCUAAAGUGCCAGUGAGCUACCCGAACACCACGCUCAGGGAUGGCCGAGUGGCAUUUAUCGGGCACCAGCUGGGCAGCGUCUUGCUGGCAUCCCAUGGGCGUGAGCGGCAUGUCAAGUCAGCACGGGCUGUUCAAAUCACCUACUACCUACGUAGGCUGACUCCCAUAGUGCAGGAUGCUAUUGCUGAGAAAUGGGAGAACGAGUUUGGCAAGAUGGCGCAACAUUUAGCAACAUCCAGUCCGGACCUGCACGUGCAGGCAUUAACAUCGUUCGGUCUGUGGCGUGACUUCCAUGCUACGGGCGCACUGGCGAAGGGUGAGGUGCUGGUGGGACUGGUGCUGGUGCUGCUGGCUGCCACCAUCUCCAGCUCUAUGCGUGACUGUCUGCGUGGUAAGCCCUUCCUGGGACUGCUCGGCGUGCUCACUGUCUGCAGCGCUAACGUCACCGCUGCUGGAAUCUUUUUCAUCUCUCAUGGCAAGUUCAACUCCACACUGCUUGGGAUCCCCUUCUUUGCCAUGGGUCAUGGAACCAAAGGAGUGUUUGAGCUCCUGGCUGGCUGGAGAAGAACCCGUGAGAGUCUGCCCUUCAAAGAGCGGGUGGCGGAUGCCUUUGCCGAUGUGAUGGUAUGCUACACCAUGACGAGUUCACUCUACAUUAUUACGUUUGGCAUGGGUGCCAGUCCUUUCACCAACAUCGAGUCGGUCAAGGUGUUCUGUCAGAGCAUGUGCGUGGCCAUCCUGGUCAAUUACUUUUACGUCUUUUCUUUUUACGGCUCCUGCCUGGUGUUUGCCGGCCAACUUGAGCAGAACCGCUACCACAGUGUUUUCUGCUGCAAGAUUCCAUCUGUCGAAUACCUGGACCGCCAGCCCACGUGGUUCAAGACCAUGAUGAGUGAUGGCCAUGAUCUCUCCACGCACCACGAGAGUAUGCCGUACCAGAAUCACUUUAUUCAGCACUUCCUGAGGGAGCAUUACACAGAGUGGAUUACCAACACAUAUGUCAAGCCCUUUGUGGUCAUUCUCUACCUGAUUUAUGCCUCGUUUUCAUUCAUGGGAUGUUUACAAAUCAGUGACGGCUAUAAUAUAGUGAAUUUAUUAGCCAGCAAUUCACCCAGUGUGUCAUUUGCCCUGACCCAGCAGAAACUGUUCAGCAACUACAGCCCAGUGAUAGGAUUCUACAUCUAUGAGCCUAUCGAAUACUGGAACUCCACGGUACAGGAGCACCUCAAGACACUAGGGCAGGGUUUCAAUAAGAUUUCAUGGAUCGAUAAUUAUUUCAAUUAUUUGAAAGUCACCAACGUCAGUGCAUCAACCAAAAGCGAUUUCAUAAAUAUUCUCAAGACUUCAUUUCUAAAGAGACCGGAGUACCAGCACUUCACAGAAGACAUCAUUUUUUCCAAAAAUGGAGACGAGUAUGACAUCAUCGCAUCCAGGAUGUACUUGGUAGCCAGGACCACGGAGAAGACAAGGGAGGAGGUGGUGGAGCUGCUCGAGAGACUUAGGCCCCUCUCCCUUAUAAACAGCAUUAAGUUCAUCGUCUUCAACCCUACCUUCGUGUUCAUGGACCGCUAUAGUUCCUCGGUUGUGUCCCCAAUUCUAACUUCAGGUUUCAGCGUCCUGACCAUCCUCAUCCUCACUUUCUUCCUUGUCAUCAACCCCUUAGGGAACUUCUGGUUGAUUCUGACCGUCACCUCUGUGGAGCUGGGUGUCCUCGGCCUCAUGACACUCUGGAAUGUAGAUAUGGACAGUAUCUCUAUCCUGUGCCUUAUUUAUACUCUCAACUUUGCCAUGGAUCACUGUGCCCCUCACCUCUACACAUUUGUACUGGCCACUGAGCACACCAGGACUCAAUGCAUCAAGAUUUCGCUCGAAGAGCAUGGGGCAGCCAUUUUACAGAACGCCUCAUGCUUUGUGAUUGGGAUCAUGCCCCUGCUCUUUGUGCCUUCCAACCUGACCUACACACUGUUCAAGUGCUCACUACUAACCACCGGGUGUACAGUGUUGCACUGUUUCAUAAUCCUUCCAGUCUUCUUGACUUUUUUCCCUCCCUCCAAGAAAAGGCACAAGAAAAAGAAACGUGCGAAGAGGAAAGAGCGGGAGAGGGAGCGCGAGCGGGAGGAGAUUGAGUGCAUCGAAGUCAGAGAGAACCCUGACCAUGUGACCAGCGUCUAAGAUGUUUGUGUGAGUGUAACAGGAAAUGUCCCGUCCAGCAGGACGAAAAUUACAUGUAGCAUUUCAUAGGUCAUGGGGGUCACAAAGGAUCCACAUUUUCGAGUGGGAUGACCCUCUAUUACUUCACUAAGGGGCGCACAUACUGUCUAAAGCAGAAAGUCUUCUUAUGUUGUACCAUUCAUCCAGACUAGUAUAUAGCAUCUGCCUGCUUCUGUCGUUCUUUGGGUAAGAUACAAAUUAGAUGUCUGGGCAGUAAAG